UGUUCAAUUGUCCUCUUGAUCGACGCAUCGAUUGUUUCUCGCGAAUUUGUUUGUCAUUGUUUUCUCAUAUUAUCGUUGUGACUAUUAUUAUUUAGUGUAAACGAAGAAGAAGGUAUAAAAGAAAAUGCCGUACUAUAACGAUGUGCCGUACUAUUAUGGAGGAGGAGCUUACGCUAAUCAUAGUUCGUUAAUGACAGGAAUAGUACGAAUGCCUUUUCACACUUCGUUGUCGCGUUUCUCGCCGCAUUUGUCGACGAUUUCCGAAUCACCACUCAGCCAUCUGCAUCGUUUCUCGCCGAUCUCUGUGAGAUCAGCUAGACGAGUGAUCGAUACGGCGGAUAUCGAUGUCUCAUCACCGAAAAUACUCUCGCACAAUAGGAAUCCUUCCAGAAAUCUACGUCGCGAUCGGCCGACUAUCAAGAUCAGAUCGCAGGCCCUGAAAGACAAUCCAGCAUUACGCGAGCACAACGAGAAGCACGAAAAGUCAGUAGGUGAACUUUUAAUGGAGAAGUUUUUUAUUAAGGACAAAAAGUUAGUAGACAACCAUAAUAGUCAACAGGAAAUACGUUUAGAUCAUCAGAUUAAUUUAGAUCAUUUAGAAAAUUCUGAGGAGCGAGAAGCUGUGCGAAAGCGAAUCACUCGCAGAUUCACGCGACGCAGAUCUUCCUCCGAUUUACAACUUAAUUCCGAGCAAAUGCAACGAGAAGCUGCGUACGCGCAAGUACAGGCGAAAGUCUUAGACAGUCUUGUAGCAGAGGAGCAAGCUCAGAUCGAGAAUGAGACACGUCGAGGUACUUCAAUAUUUAAAAAGGGAACGAUGGCAAAAGGAUUGCUCGAGCAUCCUUACGCGAACAAUAUCGAUUCUGAUAUGAUGAUUCAGGAGGAAGAACAAACGGCUAUGACAAGAAUAAGGAAAGCCAUGAAAAAAACAAAGAAAAAAAGAUUUGUUGAUAAAUUAUCAUCGACCGAUAAGAUUGAUAAAAGACGAUCAAGCAUCUCUAGUGAAAUUUCCAUUGAUUCGCAGAUUACAGAGAAUGAUGAAUCAAGACCUCAGAUAUAUAAGAUCGAAGCAUGUAAUAGCGCUGGAGAUUUCUCCACAUUCUGGAUGAAUACAAAUGCAGAGAACAAAAAGUGCAAAUCGACAGACGAGAAAUUUAAGGAGAGUAUAAAAGUCUCCAUUCCUAAUAGAUUUGGAACUGGAAACGAAAUAGACGUUAUCUCGAACGAUGCAGACGAAGCAGAAACGCAAGUCGUGUUGACAGUACAAAAAUCUUACGUAAAAGAUAUGUCGAGAAAUAGCGUGCGUUUGACGAUAAAAAAACCGACAGAAAAAUUUAACAAGAAACUCGAGAAACUCGACGUGAAAGCCAAUGAAAAUAAAUUGAACUUAACGAAUAACUUCGUCGACAUCGAAAAUAAUAUUCUUACAAAUAAUAUAUCAAAAAGUUUAACAGAUGUAGAUUCAGCAGAGCCGAAUUGCAAAAUUCAAAUGACAAAUAAUAUUAAAGACUUUAAAGCGUUAAAAAAGGCAAUGUAUAAAUCUAAAAACACGGAAUCCUUGGCAAAAAAUAGUAUUCCCAUAUCGAAAGAUGACUCGUCGAAUAAUCGAGAUAUCAAUAUUUUAACAACAAAAAGCAAUAUGCGAGAAAUCGUUACUGAAGAUUUAUCGUUCUCAAAAGAAACUGAGAUAACUCCCAUACAAUCGAACAUUUUAGCUUUUAUUUCAACAAACGCAUCGAGAAACGAUUCACAAAUGGAAAAUUUUCGAGGAAUAUUGGAAGACACUUUCAUCGCAGAUAUAAAAAAUGACGAAAAUCAGAAGGAUCAUUUGAUUGAUAAUAUUACCAAGAAGAUAUUUGACUACUUGGAAGUCGAUUCAACUAUCAAAACACCAAAAGUACUCGCUAGAAAAAAUUCUAUUGCUUCCGUUGAAAGUGAUAAGUUCAUAUCGGAAAAACUCACGCCAAAGAGUUUGGCGAUGUCGCACAACGAGAAUAUGAUAAAGCAAAACAUUGAAAUUGAAAGCAGCGACAAUGUUGGUAAAAACAACGUCAGCGAUACGAUGCUCACAACAAAUAGCGCGACCUGUCGUCUGCCAAAACUGUCUAAAAUUAAUACGGAUAGAAAUAAUGCCGUAGAAGCGCCAAAGCUUCCGUUACGAGAGACUGCAGAGUAUCAGGCGGAUUCGCUGAAAAGUGAUCAUGACGUCGGGACCGCGGCUGUUGUAUUGCCGGAAAAGAAGAUGAACAAAACAUCGAACUUGGCGCAAGUUUCUUCCUUAAAUGCCUCAAAGAGAACCAAUAGCGUAGACGCGUAUAAAUUAAGUUUUAAAAUCGACGCAACUCGACACAAUAAUGCAGUCAAAUUAGAGGCUAACGAAACGACCUUGGCCAAGGAAACAAAUGACGAAGUGUAUAGUAAUGAAUACUGUAACGAGGUAAAACUAGCAGCAGAUAUUAAGCCAGAAGAUAUCAGUCUGACGAAAACAUCGAGAAACAAUGCGAAAAGGACUAACAAAAAUAUAUUAACCUUGAAAACAACUGAUUCAUCAAACAUCGAAACUGAAACGAUUAUUACCGAAGCAACAGCGGAUGCAAAAGAAGCGGAAUUAAAGACUGAUUCAAUUAAAAAAAUUAAUUGUAUUGUAGGAAAGGAUUCUUUGAAAGAUUUAUCGAGUUUUAAGAGUAAGAUGCCGAUGUUCUUAGAAAACAAUACAAACGAAAGUGGCUUGUCAAAUAUUGGAAAAGAUUCAGGUACAUUUAACAUAAUAAAAAUUGAAGAUGGAAAAUCAUUUUUAUGCAAUAAUGCUAAUGAUGAGAUAAGAAUUUUGAAAAAAAACAUUUCUGUUGAUUCUUCGAAAUUGAUGAACGAUUGUUCAGCGAAUAAUAUUUCCAAGGUUUUCCAGCAGUCUGUAUCUAAUGAUGAAAAAGCUACAGGUAAGGAUAUAUCUGUUAAGAAGACGUCAAAGACAAAACCUGUAAGCAAAAUAACAGAAAAGAAAUCAACGAAGAUCGAUCCGAGUUAUAACUCUCAAGAUGAAAGUGUAAUAUUAUCGAGAAGCACUUCUACUGAGUCCAUUGAUUUUUGGAGCGAAAUCAAAGCGCCGAAUAGUCCUGAAAUGACGAGAUCGAAGCAACAAAAUGGAUUUCCUCUCCGCAAAACAAGUACUUCUAAAAUUGAAAAAAAUAUAAAUUCGAUGAAUUCAAAGAGGAAAGAUAAUGAAAGAAAAACUGAGAUUAACGUUAAAAUGAACACUACGACAUUCGAAAAUUCGAUAGACGGAUUUAAUAAUAUAGUCUUUGAAAAGGAGAAAGAAAAAGAAAAAAAUGUUUCGAAAUCUUUAAGAUUAGAAAAGGCGGAAAAAGAGAGACUUGCAAAAGCAAUGGAAAUCGAAAGAAACAUGCCGACGAUGCAUAAGAUAUCAUCAAAAAAGAAGAAUUUUUCAAUAGUGAUCGACACUAAGAACAUAAGUCCGACUGUGAAGAAAGCUUCGUUGAAGUGCAACAAUUUCGGUACAACUUCCGUGAUUACUUCAGUCGAGGUUACCAUGCCGGAAAUAAAUAUAGUUGAAGCACCCGAGUUGUUCAAAGAGUGCAACAAUCGAAAAGUCGAGGAGGAACAUGAAAAUCCAAACACUCCAACAAAUGACUUGUCAUUCAAUCCCUCUUUAAUCAGGAAAAUUUCAAGAUGGAGCAAUCAAGACGAUUUGACAAACAUAAACGAUGUCGAAAUUCCAGUUGCGUCAGAGGAAAUCAGUUUGGUCACUAGUCCUAGCGUUAGUCCUCUGCAAUCUUCCAAAACGAAGCGUGCGAUUAAAAAGAAGAAACCAUCAAUUAAAAAGGCAUUAUUAGAAAAAAGUGAAAAGGGGCUAAAGGAGAUUUGUAAUAAUGAAUUAAUAACGUCAGUGAAUGAACGGAAUAUGCUUAUCACAAAACUUGUCCCCGAGAAGCACCAUCUAGUGAAAAUUUUGCCAAAGACGUCUCCCAAGUCCAGUCCGAAGAAUACACCUUUACAACGGCCACUCGAUCUUAUGAAGAUUGCUACGCCGCGGGAUCUCCCCAAAGUCAGACGGGUAAAGAUCAAGAGAAGACGGCAUCAUUCGCGAACACCGUCCAUCAGUAGCGACAGUACUGAAAGUACGACGAGUACUGUCACGACAAGGAGUACGGACGAAAAUGGAUCGACUCGCAUUGAAUUGAAUGACGAUUCCGAACAUAAGAGAAUGAAUUCAACAAGGAGCAACGAUUCCGGAUUUGAUGGUUCACCGAGAAUUUUGAGUACUUAUUUUGCGAUUGUUUGCAUCGAAGUUUUGCCAUUGAACACAUCUAAACAGAUUCUAAAUAUUUUUUAAGGAGAAUCUAAUACUUUGACGAUGUGAUA